AUGCGGAUUUCACUAUUGCUGCUCACCCUGCCCGCCAUCCUAGUCGCCUACAACCCCCCGGCCUCCGAGUGCGACCAAAUCACGCUGGUGAAGUGCUUCAUCGAUAUUUUGGACGAUUGGGCGUGGACGCUGUACGAGUUGAAGCAGAAUGUGGUGACGAUCAGCGAUGAACAAUGCAAGCACCUCAGUCGACUCGAGACCUGUGUAAAUGACGACAUCUCGCCCGAAGAUGCGGGAAAAAUGCAACUGAGUCAGAAUAAGCACAAGUGCAAGCACUCGGAAGUUGUCGAGGUUUCCGAGACGGUCAGCGAUCUUCUCACUCACAGACAGAAGGCUGGCUCAUUCUUAAAGUCGUACUACCUUCUCAAAUACGCCUGUUCCACCGAGGGCCAGGAAAUUCUGAGAGAACAUCGGGAGUGCCUGAAAAACGAACGAAUCGGAGACAUGACAUUGAAGGCUGGCACGUACAUGGCCACCAAGUUCCUUGAUAGCCCCAAUGACGGAGUGUGCGCAGAGAUACAACAACAACUUGAUGAGUAUAUGGAGACGACCAGCGGACUUUGCCAGGCAGCAGCCUCGCGACUCAUGUGCAAGAGUCUCACCAACAUGUUUACGGAACUCCAUCGCGAUGCGCUUUCCGACUGCGAGUUUAAGUGCCCGGAGGCUAAGGAGGCACCGAAAGCCGACACGAAUACGCUGGAAGACCCGCAGCAAGAGCAAAGCGAUCAGGAGGCGCUGAACAAAGCCAAGGGCAGCGCCCUAUCCACCAUUACGCAGUCGGCCGGGCUUCUGCUCGCCUUCAUCUUUCUCCGA